CGGCGUGCCUGCGCGCUGAGGCGCCUGCGCGUGACGUCAUCACUGUGCGACACCGGCAGCGCGGGACUUCUCACAUCUGCUGAGUGAUGCGGCGGCCCAACAUUUUACUGACCGGUACUCCGGGUGUUGGCAAAAGCACCCUCGGCAAAGAGCUUGCAUCAAGGACCGGGCUAACCUACAUCAGCGUGGGUGAUCUGGCAAAAGAAGAAGAACUGUAUGAAGGUUUUGAUGAGGAGUAUGAAUGCCCAAUUUUGGAUGAAGACAGGGUAAUUGAUGAACUGGAAGACAAAAUGCGUGAGGGUGGAGUUAUUGUUGAUUACCACGGCUGUGAUUUUUUCCCUGAACACUGGUUUCAUAUAGUAUUUGUACUUCGUACAGACAACUCAUUUCUAUACGACAGGCUUGAAAGCAGGGGCUACAAAGGGAAAAAGCUACAAGACAAUAUUCAGUGUGAAAUUUUUCAGACUCUUUAUGAGGAAGCUAUGUUGUCAUACAGAAAGGAAAUUGUACACCAGUUACCCAGCAACACUCCUGAAGACCUAGAGAGAAAUUUGGAUCAGAUUGUGCAAUGGGUUGAGCAAUGGACAAAGGACAACAACUGACAAUUGGUGAAAAAGCAACUGUUCUGGUUUUGAUUGGGAUAGACUUAAUUUCCUUCUUUUCAGCUUCCCAUACUGCCCUGCCGCCACAGAUUGUGAAUUAUAGAAUGGCUUAAGUGGGCUUGAUGAUGGCCCACUUAAAGCUCUCCUAGUACAGCGCCAUUCAUGUAACCAGCCACCUGUUGGGCCCCUCCAUCCCGGCCAUCAUCAGUGGUCUCUCUUUCGAUCAGUGUUCUGAUUCCAGGAUUCUCAGGAUAAAAUAUCUCCUGACUCAUUUCUAACUCCGUAAUCUGGUAUAGGGGUUCCAGACCUGACUUCUGUUUAUCAGUUGAUUUAGCCAGACUCAAAAAUUCUGGCUUGCUUUCUGAGACUAUCUCUUGUUCAUUUUCUUAUAAUUUAAACUGCAAAACUUCUUCCUGAUCUAAUGCAUCUGACAGUGCCACAUGAAGUUACUAACUGGUAUUACAUUCAGCAGUUAACAGGCUCUGCAGGCUUUUCACUUAUUCCUGCAAGGAUUUAACCAUUUAAUCACUAGUUUAUCUAAUCAAACAUGUCUCUGUCUGGGCUGUCAUCAGUGCUGCUCCCAGCACAGCACGCUGUGGCUUUUUCUUUCUCUGGCUGCAAUUUUCGUUCUUUUGCAAGUGUUGUGAUUCUUUCCGCUAUAGCUUUGGGAUUGUGCCAGUUGUUCUGAGCCCAAACCAUUCCCAGUGGGGAAGGGCAAACACUGAGCCUUCUCAGCUUUUCAAUAAUGGGAGCAGUCAAACACCGGCAUUUCCUGGGCAACAAUGGCUUGCCACUGCUCAUACCUCUCCCAGAGUAUAGCCUUCCUGGCAUACAGCUGAGAGGUGGCUUCCCAACACUUCCCACCCACAUUAUCAGGUAGUAUAUCAGUAUCCCUUAUACCUCUCCCAGCUUGUAGCUUUGCUGGCAUAGUUAGCAAAGGUGUUGGUGUUGGAAGGUCCAGAGGCUACCUCUCAGCUAUGUGCCAGCCUGCCAUGGGCAGGGUUGCCACCCAGCAGAUCAGGCUGCCCAGGGCCCCAUGCUGCCUGGCCUUGAACCCCUCCAGGGAUGGGGCAUCCAUUGCUUCUCUGGGCAGCUGUGCCAGGGCUUCACCACCCUCUGGGUGAAGAAUUUCUUCCCAACAUGUAACCUAAAUCUUCCCUCUUUUUAGUUUAAAGCCAUUCCUUUUAUUCUGUUACUAUUAACCAUGUAAAAAUCAAUCCCCCUCCUGCUUGUAAGCUCCUUUCAAAUAAUAUAAAGUUGCAGUGAGA